GAUUCCUAGCUGUUAGCUGGCAGGUAGAGUGACAAGAAGAAGGUGAAAGUUGUGCAGAGAGCAGCCAGGAUGCCCUAUGUACUCAUCAGCACACAGAUCCGAAUGGAGACUGGGCCUACGAUUGUGGGAGAUGAAUUUUCUGAUUUGGUGUUGAUGGCACAGCUAGAGGCGGAUAAGAGGACAGUGCUGGGAAAUAAUUUUUCCGAAUACUACGUGAAUGAACCUCCGCGCGUAACACUGAACAAGUUGGAAAGACUGGGUUACCGGGUUGUGAGCAUGACAGGCGUUGGCCAGACGUUGGUGUGGUGUCUGCACAAGGAAUAAGGAUUCUCACAGGCUGACCAAGAACUGCUUACACAGAGCCAAGAGGAUUUUCAACUUGCAAAUGUCUCUAAGAUUUCAGCCAUGCUUGCCGGCAACUCCAGGACUAAAUGCAUAUGUGCAGCUUGUGGCAGACUAACUGGCAACUUUACUUUAGAGCAAUGCUGUGAUCCGAUUGUAUCAUUAUAUUCACAUAACAGUACAUAAUCUCUAUGAUUUAACUUUCUUCCAUUUAAAAAAAAGAACAUAUGACAGUGAUGUAAUAACGGUGUUAAACUAUCCCAGUGCAGUUACCCAUAGCAAUCUAAUUUAAGUUUAAAAAAAAAACUGCUAUGGGUAACUAACUAUGAUGGCAGUCACGUACAUAAACCAAAAUAAUAUUACUGUGCCAGAUAACUUUAAAAAGUAUAAAAUUGCCUCCAAGCAAAUGUCCUCUCUGCUAACUCUCCCAUUAUUAUACACACUAUUAUUAUAAUUUAAAGAAAAUGCUGUUAACCCCUUUUUCGGCUUUGAUUUAUAUAACCUCAAUGUUUUAAACGUAUUUACCGUAGCUUACAUUAUAACAAGGGAAAAGUACUUUUGUCUUCAUUGAUUUAGAUAAACACUUCCCCUUUGUUGAGCCUCAUAUAAAAAAAACUUUCAGUUCUUUCUUGCAAGUUUUCAGGUGGAUUACAUUCUUUUCCUACCUAAAACGGUUAAAUGCUCAUUGGAUGCAUAUAUGCAUAGACAACAGGUAAGGUAGACUCUGGGGUGUGAAGAUAGAGUGGCACAGAGGAAAGAUUGGCAGAAGAAAUAAAUAAUUGGGGAGAGAGAGUAUGCAGAACAAAGCUCAGUGAGUAAGCAUUGACGGAGCAGCUACAGGGAUACAAUCACGCUGAGGAGUUUGAAUAUACAAUUCUGAUCACUUGGUAGAACCCAAAGGGCAUGGCGGCCUGCAAACAGAGUUUAGGGCAUUAUGAACUGCCUGAUUAAGUCAGCAGUCUAGGCUGGAGUGUAUGUGGCAGGUCUAAUUUCUUGUUUAAAAUAAUUUUAACGAUUCUAUCGAUAUGUUCAUAUGUUAUGAAAUUGUGUUCAAAUGUUGUAUGCAUUCUAUUUUGGCAAUAUAAAUGAAUAUAGCUGCA